UUAUCUGCCGCCGGCGGAGCUCGGCCCGCGCCCUCGGCGGCUGCCGGCUGCCCCGGAGCAGGAAGGCGAGGCGGGGGAAGCCUCGGGUGAACCGGGGCGGGGGGCUUCUCCCAGCCGCCCCGAGGGAGAGAUCUAACGCAGAGCCUCGUCCCUGAAGGUCACCAUGGCCGACAGAGCCGCUGCAGAACGAGCGUGUAAGGACCCCAACCCCAUCAUCGAUGGUAGGAAGGCCAACGUCAACUUGGCGUACCUGGGUGCCAAGCCGAGGAUCAUGCAGCCAGGUUUUGCCUUUGGUGUUCAGCAGCUUCAUCCAGCUCUCAUACAGAGGCCUUUUGGGAUCCCAGCUCACUAUGUCUAUCCACAGGCUUUUGUGCAGCCCGGAGUGGUAAUUCCCCACGUUCAACCCGCGGCAGCCGCUGCCUCCACUACGCCCUACAUCGAUUACACCGGAGCUGCCUACGCCCAGUACUCGGCGGCUGCGGCGGCUGCGGCUUUUGGCCAGUACCAGCCCCAACAGCUGCAGACGGAUCGUAUGCAAUAGCAGACGGACUCCCGAGGGAAGCUCGUUCUUUCUCUUCCUCUUUUUGGCCUUCCAGUAUAAGUAGUUAAUCAGAGACAAUUGAUGUUAACCAAGGAGCUUUAAGGAAAGCGACGCUAUUGCGAAACUAAAGAGUUUUUAUUCCACUGUCUUCAUACAGUAUGCAUCCAAAUCUUGUUGUUAGAGGGGAGGGGUAGUGCGGCAUGGCUAGUUUCGAGUAUCGAUCCAGAAGAAAAUGGGGAAAACAUACUGUACUGUCAUGAAAGAGUGGCAGGAGUAGCAAUGGGACUUCGUAUUUUAAAAGAAACGAGAACCAAAAAAGCAAAGGUGCAUUUUUACAGUAUCAGGGAAGCAAAACUGCCUUUUAUAAGUGAGAAAGUGGUAUUCAAAAAAUUCGAACCAGGGGAAAAAACUGAGUCAGCAAUAUGUAACCUUUAUCCAUUUAAGAGGAAACAAGCUUAAAGCACUGAUUGUCCCGUGUAGCUUUCAGAAGCUGUCUUCGUGAGAUGGCAUCUUCCCACCGUUUCACUAACGGGCAUCGAACAACCCAAGGAAGAUGGCCUGCUAGUAAGAUGGCGGACAGGCACCAAAGUUAUUUUCUUAUCUGUCCUCUGGAUGAGUGGAACUAUGGAGCAAGUGAUGUGGAAGUAAGGGGUGCAACAGCUGUAGAGACAAUCAAUAACACAGACAGUUCUGGACAGAACACAUCACUCAUGCUCAUGUGAUGAGCUUGUCACAUCCUAAUCCCUCGCCCCAUCCUGUUUCACUUUUGGGAAACUUUAACUGCUGGUGUCAGCUAUUCUGAUUCUAAAAUAGGAUCAGCCCUUUACUACAACAGCCUUCUCUUUCUAUUUAUUGCAUCUAUUCGUAACUUGUGAAUAAAGGCAGGAAGAAGCUUAAUGAAUUAAAACUUUUAAGAACUGUUUUAAGGGAAUUUUCUUUUCUGAAACCAUUUGUACGAUUUUAAUAUCUAUUUCAGGACUAUAUUUAAAAUAUUUAUUAGUGAACGUACAUUACACAAGGCAACUUUUGUUACCAAGACUGCAGUUCUUGAAGGGUUAAUGGUAUGUGAUUUAUACUGUGCCUUAAUUGUUAUGCUAUUUAAAAACAAAUAUUUAUUUUGAAAGUUUUACUAUGCUGUGCUCUAAAGAAAGCAACUUUAGAUGUGACACUGUAUAAUUAUGUAUUCAUCUCAUGGCAUAAAUUAUUUAGUAGACUUAGAUGUAGCAUAUUAAAUAUUAACCUAAUUAACUAAGGAUGUUGACUUGGAUUUAUUUAAAUUCAGUAUGUGCACUGUAUGAGGGUACUCUUAAAUUAACACUUUUUUUUUUCAGGUUUUUACAUUAAAUAUUGCUAGUUCAUUCUUUUUCCCUCUAAUAGUUCUUCAUGUAGACCUCUCAAGUACAUUAGUGCAGUUUUCUCACUCAUCUGUAUGUAGACUGACUAUUUUUCCCUUUGCUAGGAAAUGCUGCUUUACAUUGUCCUGUGAAACUACAAUACUUGCAAUUUUUAUUCUUGACCGAAAUGGAAUUUAAUAUUUUACACUGUAUUGGAUUUUUUUAUACUUGAACAAUUUCAUACAAGGGAAGACAGGAUAGCAUUUUUAUGGACUUUUAUCCAAUGUCACUGGAUUUAUUUUAAGUAUUCUGAGUACUAGCCAGUGUUACAAUGUAGACAUGACUCUUCUGUGCAUAUUAUUUAUUCAGUAUGUAUAUUGCUUUACAACAUUUCAGAUCUUUUAAUCAAUUCACUCAUAUUAAAAACAAUAAAAAAUGUCGUCGCA